AAAAACUUGGCAUCCAGAAUAAGUACAGAUUCGUGCACAGGGUCGCUAGCCUAAUGCUAUCCAAGAGGAGCUCAACACUGACGAUCAAGGACUUUGAUUUUGAUGGCGUUCCGGUCAGAGUGUAUUGGCCCAAAACGACUCCUUCUGGGAAGAGAAGAGGAGUGGUUGUCAUUCCUGGAGGUGCUGCCAUUAUCGGAAAUAUAUGGGAAGGAGACCCACUAUGCCACUUAAUUUCCCAGGAGACUGAUUCCGUCACUGUGAACAUUGCGUUUCGUUUGGCCCCAGAGCAUCCCUUCCCGAUCCCAGUCAUGGAUUGCUGCACGGCUACCGCGCACUUCUUGAAAAAUGCCGCAGAAUUCGGAGUGGACCCGAAUCGCAUCACUAUCUUGGGAGAAUGUAGCGGAGGGACAUUUGCUACCGUCGUUUGUCAACAGUUGGCGGCCAGGCCGGAUCUCCCAAAGCUUUGUGCUCAGGUCCUAAUCUAUUCCUAUUUCCAGGCCAUCGAUUUCAACUUGCCUUCGUAUCAGCAGAACCAGAGAGUCCCCAUGUUGUUCAAGAAAAGGGCCUUGAGGAUGGGCAUGGUGUAUUUGACGGGAAAGAGGAUCAACGUGGAGGACGUCAUGAGGAACGCUCACCUCCCCAAACACGUCUGGAUGAAAUACAGGAAGUGGGUCAGUCCCGACCUCAUCCCGGAGAGAUUCAAGGGCCGGGGUUAUGUGCCCAUGGAGUGGCCUGAGUUUAUCCCAGAACUUUACGAACAAUGCAAAGAAGUAACCAACCCCAUGUUUUCCCCGCUGUUGGCAGAGGAUGACGUGAUCCGACAGCUCCCCAAGACUUUCAUUCUGACCUGCGAGUACGAUGUUUUCCGAGACGACGGGCUCUUGUACAAGAAGCGGCUGGAGGACAACGGCGUCCCAGUGACCUGGUAUCACAUUGAGGAUGGAUUCCACUGCAUAACGGCUGUCAUUGGCAUUCCGCUCCUGGAAUUCCCAACUCAGAAAAUCCAUUUACGACAUGUGACUGAUUUCAUUAACAGUAUAUAAGGCACAUGUUCUAUUUUUGCUUUCUGUGAGUUUUUCGGGCUGUAGGGUCACGUUCCAGCAAAAUUCUCUCCUUUGUUGCUUUCCCAAAUGUUAACUUCCGCUCUAGAUAGAUGGAGUAAGUAGACUGAUUGUCUGAAUUAUGGUAAAUAUAUAUACUGUAUGUCUACACACACUUCCUCUCUCCUGUGUGACUCAGUGUGAGUAUCUGCUUAUGUUGCAUGUGAUACACCCUGCAAGAUCAAAUACUCAGCCCAAACCCUGUGGGGACAAUGAUCAGGAAGAAGGAGGUCAACCUUAUAGGGACAGGCUUUCAGGGGAAGGAGAUCAAUAAUAAUAAAUAAUAACAAAACUUUAUUUAUACCCCACCACCAUCUUCCCACGGGGACAAAUUAAGCACCAAACAAAUACAACAAAUUUGACAGAAAAAGUAGUUCAAUACGCAGUAAUUUUAUCUUGUAAUUGCUGUAUUUACGAAUUUAGCUCCAAAAUGUCACGAUAUAUUGAAAACAUUGACUACAAAAAUGCCUUGGAUAAUCCAGAACCUUGGAUAAGUGAGUGUUGGAUAAGUGAGACUCUACUGUAGUAUCAAAUGAGGUUCCAAUAUAUAGACGACUGGCUCACCACUAGAGGGAGGAGAAGACAACCUUUGGCUCUUUCCCAUCCACGGGCAAGUGACAGCUUCUACCCUCCCAUAUAGAAUCCAGAUUGUCUGCCUUGAACUGGGUUACAUAGCAAUGUAGACUCAUAAAACAUGGAUUAACUGCUUUGAUAAUUAGUAUAAUAUGGCAGUGUAGGUCCAGCCUGAGCUAGAGCGCAUCCAUCUAGAGUAGGGAUGUGUAUGAUAUCGUUUGAGGAUACCAUAUGUGGUGAUUCAGAUGUUCCGACUACCGAAUGCAUGAAAACGAGACCAGUGCAGGGGCUGAAGAGACCUAUUCUUGAUCCACGUGUUCUCCCGCAUUGAGGACAUUGGUUUCCAAGUGGAAGGCGUGUCAGAGUAUGUGCAGCACAGCAGUAGUUGGAUGGAAGGAGUGGAGCGCAGAACGAAGAGACACUCAGAGACGUUGGUAAGACUAUUUACAAAGUUUUACUGUAUGCAGCAGUAAUCAACACAAACAGACAAACACAGGACUGUUUUGUUCUCCAACAGAUCUUGACUUGAACUCUAGGCAGACAGAACUCAACUGAACUGACGCAAUCAAUUAUGCACAAACUCUUGUGUCUGGAUACUCCCUAGUUCCAGUCACAC